AAUCAUGGUGGCACUGUAUAAACAGAUUGCUGAAAACAGAGAGGAAAACUAACAAUACAGACCUGCAUUUGCUCACUGUCGUGCAACAGUUCAUCAACAAGCAUGGAGUUCACAAGGCGCUAUCUGCCUAUGGAAUGGGAGGAGCGGUGGAGAAGAGAGAAAGAGCAAAGGAAAAAGGCGAUGGAGGAAGGAGGGGAAGAGUUUGAAAGGGAGAGCAGGAGGUUGACAUGGAUUAGGACCUACAAUGACAGCAGAAUGGGGAUGAAGGAAAGGGAUGACAUAAAAAAUGAGAGAACAAUUCAGGAGAUGAUGAACAAGUGGAAUGACGAACAAGAAACACAGAAGUACACUAAAGACACGUACCCAACUGAGAUCCUCCAAGCAAUGGAGGAGCUGAGGUGUUGCUCUGUCCUUACUGACCUGACUCUUAGUGUUGAACAUGGACUUACUGUCCAUGCCCACUCUUUGGUCCUGGCUGCUGUAAGUUCCCUCAUCCAUCAGAUGCUCCAACAGCGGAAUGGAAAGAACAAGAGCGAGAUAUUAUUAAGUGUUGGUCCAGAAGUAUCUGAUUUGGGGUUAUCUGCAGUGUUGGAAUUUGCCUACUCUGGAAGCAUAGCUGGUCUGAACAGCCAAUCUUUAGCUCAGAUUCAGUCUGCUGCCCUCUAUCUGGGAGUUCCCAGAGUUCAGGAACUGUGCCGAGAAGAAGAGGAGAGGGAGAGAAAGAAAAAUGCUGAGAAGAAUAUGAGAAAAAUCGUUGGUGAAGAGCACAGACAGGACAAUCUUCAGUCCAUCAGGCACCUGUGGGAAGAGAGAGUGGGCUGUGAUGUGGAGCUGGAGGCUGAAGGAAGAAUAUUUCAUGCACAUAGGGUCAUCCUGAGUGCCACCAGUGACUACUUCCGUGCAAUGUUCAGCAGCGGUAUGAAGGAGACCCACCAGAACUCAGUUUCCCUGCUGUUGAUGGGGGCACCUGAGCUAGAAGCCCUUCUUCACUGCUGCUACAGUGGAGAUAUUUUUCUUGAUUGGGGCUGCAUUUUCGAGCUCACCUCCACUGCUCUUCAGUUCCAAUUCCAACCUGCUCUCUCACUCUGCCUCAACUACCUGAAACAGCAAAUGGAUGUCCACAGCUGUCUGGAUGUGGCUUCCUUUGCUGAGGCUUAUAUGCUUAGUGACUUGUUUGAAACAGCUGAAGACUUCAUCCUCGUGCACUUCCAGGAAGUUAUGGCUACCCCAAAGUUCCUGGAGCUGCCAGCUGAAAAGCUGUUGGACCUUCUGAGACAUGAUGCCUUGUGCGUUCCAUCUGAGCUGGCCGUUUUCCGAGCGGUGGUGGCAUGGAUCGAAGCAGAUCCAUCCCAAAGGUUGUCUCAAGCCCAGGAAGUAAUGGCAGGAGUGCGCUUUCCACUAAUGACCUUCCGUGAGUUUCGUGAGGUCCGAGCUGUUAACCUGCAGAUGGAGUGUAGUGUUGAUGAUGAUGUGUAUCUGUAUGGCACAGCACUGAAAGAAUUUGGAUUCGGAGACUCCAGAUCAGUAGUUCAGCAUCGAAUACGUUACCCCAAAGAUGUUAUUGUAGUGGUUGGAGGAGAUCAACUAAAUCCAGACGAAGGUCAACGGCUUCCAAGCAAGCAGCUAUGGUUUGCUAACGCCCUGCGUAGUGGUACAGGAUUGGUCAAGGAUAUAGAGUGGAGGAUUUUGGGUGAAAUGCCAGAGCGGGCCAGGUUCAGGCAUGGAAUCAGUAUACUCAACAAAAAGCUCUAUGUGGCAGGAGGCUGCUAUUACUAUUCUAAGGCAGACACAAUGAAAUCUGCAUACAGGUAUGACCCUUUAAAUAACUCAUGGGAAAGACUGUCAGAUAUGCAGGAGCACAGGAGUAACUUUACCAUGGUGGUGAGGGGGGACAGUCUGUAUGCUGUUGGAGGAGACAGGGACAUCAGCACUAAUUUGGACAGUGUGGAAAAAUACUGUGUAGAAACGAACACAUGGAGCUCCACACAUUCACUGGACCAGCCUCUGAGUGGCCAUGCAGCUGUUGUCUGGGAAGGAGAGAUUUUUAUCUCAGGGGGUUUUAAUUUAAAGUACCAGUGCCUGGUGUCCACAUUCUGCUAUCAUCCGGAACAAGGUACAACAUAUCUUGCAGACAUGGCCCACGACCGAGCUCAGCACUGCAUGGAAAGCUUGGCCAAGCGCUUCUACGUAGCUGGAGGAGUGUGUAACUUGCGAGAGUUCUACACUGAUCAGUUAUCCUGUGAAAGCUAUGACCCUAUAAGUGAUGCGUGGACCGCAUUUACACCUCUUCCUCUCUGCCAUGUUGGAGCUGCCUCAGCUGUCCUGGAGGGCAUGUUGUAUGUGCUGGGUGGUUAUUCUCAAGAAGAUUACAGUGAGGCUAGAUUGGUGCAUCGCUAUGACCCUGGAACUCAGAGAUGGGAGAAUAUGGGCAAGAUGGCCGGCCCUGUCACAGACAUUCGGGCUUGUUUACUCAAUUUACCUGCUCAUCUGAGAAGGUCAGAGGGACAGAAAGAUCUGUAAAAUCCAUAUUCCAUCCCAUUGAUUUUAAAGCAAUACAGUUUUUACAUUUAUUGUGAAUUACAGACCAUACACUAAUCAGCCAUAAUAUUAAAUACAAUAAUAUGGUUUCCCCCUUGUGCUGCCAAAACAGCUCUGACCCAUGGAGGCAUGGACUCCACAAGACCUCUGAAGGUGUGCGGUGGUAUCUGGCACCAAGACUUUAGAAGCAGAUCCGUUAAGUCCUUUAAUCAAUGUUAUUCACUUCACCUGUCAGUGGUUUUAAUAUUAUGGCUCAUAUAUUUUCUUUUUGUAAGCUAUCAUUAAUAUAAAAGAACAGCUUCCCCAGCACAUGGAAGUUGGAUUGAAGGUGUGACAUGUUACAGAGACUAAAAUGAGCUUAAGAUAAGUAUAAAAAUAAAAAUAAAAACAUUUCAUUAAAUGCACUGAAGCAUGCGCAUGAAUAAUGUUGGAAAUAUUUUUGUAUGGUCUCACUUUUAAAAUGUGAUAAUUUUGUGAUUUUUGAGCUUUGAACAUGAAACUGAAAAAACAUUAAGUGGAAUUGGAAAAAAGCAUGACACAUUUUGCAUUAUUGAUAAUAAACACUGUACUGCAAUUCAAUAGAAUUAAAUUAUAUUUGACUUACAGUAUAUUGUAGACUCAACGAAGAACGUUUCCCUAUAUCAUAGAAUGUUGCAUUGUAAAGUGUAUUUUAAUUUAUUAAAUUCUUUUUUUUAUCACCAUAUUUUUAGUCCAGUAUGAUGUUCAUGUUAACUGUAUUAAAUGUUCCGAACAUAAGACAGUACAAUCAGUGGAACUGCUGUAAAACUGCCUGAUAUAACUGUUCUGUAAAUCUAUUAUAUGAACUGAGUUAUGAAUUGCUUAAUGAGUUAAAAUGCAAAUAAAUGUUGUAAAUGUC